AUGCGACAAAGACGGUGGUUGGAGCUGGUAAAGGAUUAUGAUUGUGAAAUCCUAUACUAUCCAUGGAAAGCCAAUGUAAUGGUAGAUUCCUUGAGUCAGAGAGGUCUAGGGAAAUUGUUUAGCUCGAAACAAAUAUUUGAGAGAUUAGCUGAAGAUAUGACUAGAGCGAGGAUUGAACUUGUGGUUGUCCAGUUAGCCAACAUUACUAUUCAGUCUACACUCUUUGAAAGAAUAAGAGAAGCUCAAAGAAAUGAUCCUCAGUUAAGGAAACAUCAGGAGGAUGUCCUAGCUAGAGUGGCUAAGGACUUUAUUAUAUUAGAGACAUACAUGUUAAGGUAUAAGGAUCAAAUUUGUGUUCCGAUGGAUGCUAGUAUCAGGCAAGAGUCUGAGAGGAAGAUUAAGAUAUUAAAAGAUAUGCUAAGGGCAUGUGUAUUGGAUUUUGGGGAAUCUUAG